AUGGCCAGGACCGGCAUGGAGCAGUGGCGUGACCGGCUUGCACUGGUGACAGGAGUCGGGGGCAUCGGCGCGGCUGUGGCCCGGGCCCUCGUCCAGCAGGGACUGAAGGUAGUGGGUUGUGCCCGCCCCGUGAGCAACAUCGAGGAGCUGGCUGCCAAAUGUAAGAGUAUAGGCUACCCCAGGACUUUGAUCCCCCACAGAUGUGAUCUGUCCAGUGAGGAGGACAUCCUCUCCACGUUCUUGGCUGUCUGCUCUCAGCACAGUGGUGUGAACGUCUGCAUCAACAAUGCUGGCUUGGCCUGGCCUGACACUCUGCUCUCAGGCAACACCAGCAGCUGGAAGGACAUGUUCAAUGUGAACAUGCUGGCCCUCAGCAUCUGCACACGGGAAGACUACCAGUCCAUGAAGGAAUGGAAGGUGGAUGACGGGCACAUCAUUAAUAUCAACAGCAUGUCUGGUCACCAAGUGUCACCCCACUCCGUGAUCCAUUUCUAUAGUGCUACCAAGUAUGCCAUCACCACACUGACAGAGGGACUGAGGCAAGAGCUUCGGGAGGCCCAGACCCACAUUUGAGCCACAUGCAUCUCUCCAGAAGUGGCGGAGACACAAUUCUCCUUCAAACUCCACAAUAAGGACUCUGAGAAGGCAGCUUCCAUCUAUGAACGCAUAAAGUGUCUCAAACCUGAAGAUGUGGCUGAGGCUGUCAUCUAUGUCCUCAAGCACCCUGCCUUCCAGCAGAUUGGAGACAUCCAGAUGAGGCCCACGGAGUAG